ACGCCCUGCCCACAGCACAACAGAACCCACCCUAAACAACAACAACACCGUCCUCCGGUAGAGAAACACUUCAAGACGCGGUCUCUGACUCUUUCUCCAGACACUAGACGAGUUUCACACGGGGGAAGAUGCAUUCAGGCAGCCUUGAGAAAGCGGGUUCUCUGAGGAAACGGACGCUGUCUCGAGGAAUGAGCGAAGACGAGUCUCUCAAGCACAUUAUCAGAGACGCAGAAGAAUCGAGCAGACACCUGUCACGCAGCGAUAGCAGAUAUGGAUCAUUAAAAAGAGGACAAAGACUAGAAAGCCAUAGUGAAGAUGAUCUACUCUCUGAAAACUUAGAAGUGACGGAGCUGAGAGCGAGCUACGAGGAGCGUCUUCAGGAGGUGCGGACCCUGGAGCUGCAGCAGGACGUGCUUCUGUUUCAGGUGGACUGUCUUCAGGACGCCCUCGAGAGCACGGAGGAGAUGCUCGCUGAAGCCCAGAGAGACAACCACAGUCUCACCAUGGAGCUGGAGCGAGAACGAGAGAUGAGGAGGAAGUCAGAGGACACGCUUGAUUCAUUAAAGCAGGAGCUGGAGAGGUUAAGAGAGGAAAGAAGCAGCGAGCCGCUUCAGUUGAGACCCGUCUUGCUCCAGGCCUCUCCGGAGGGGACAUCAGUGGACCGAGACGAACAUACGCUCGCACACAGCGAAGGCACCUCCGUGGAUCCGAACACGAGCCAGCCGUUCCAGCUGAAGAAUGUGGUGUUUCACAGUCAGAAGCCUGGUGCUCCAGGCGGAGAUGACUACGACGAAAGCAGCGGCUAUGAAGACGCUCCGUCCGAGUUCUCGCCCAGUCCGUCCACUCCAGACACGCAGACGGAUGGAGCUCUGCUGGACAGCGAGGCUGAAGAGGGAGAGGAUGGGACGAGUCCCUCCGAGACCAGCCUCUCUAAAAGUUCAGAUUCUUGUGCUCUGUCUUAAAUUAUUCUAGUGCUGUAAAACGAUUAAUCGCAUCCAAAAUAAAAGGUUUUCUUUACAUAAUAUAUAUAUAUAUAUGUAUGUAUGUAUGUGUGUGAGUUUCUGAAAUACACACACACUUAUUAUGUAAAGAAAAACUUAUUUUAUUUCUCGAUUAAUCGUAACUCAUCCAAGUUACCUUUACUUAAACAGCCUUUGCACAAAUAAUAAAAUGAAGACUAAUUAGUUAUGCUCCUCAGUCAACAAAGUUAUUUAGGAAAAUCUGCACUUUUUUUUUGUUUCUGCUGGUCGUUUUUUAUAGCUGUGUUUGUGUUGGACUUUGUAUCGUUUCUGUUCCCCUUGCUAUUAAACAUGACACGAGGCAAUACUUUGUAUCAGUACGUCAGACAUAUCGAUCAAAAAUGGAAUGUAAUUUUUCAUAUUGUAUUGAAAAUCAAGUUAAAGUAAUCAGUUACAUUGAAUCAGCAGCUGCAUGUAGUUUUGUGUAUUUGUGCGACUUUGGAGCCUUUAACAGUAAAGUGUCCUAAUUACAGUGAUUCAGUAGCUGUACAUGUGCAUUUGUUGCUGCCGAAAAACAGCCUGAGCUUUUCGCAGGGUUUCGUACCAUACUCUGUGUCUCACACCAUCUGUUGAUCAAAUGAACUCGCGUUCAUAUUAUUUUUUAUCUACUUGUACUAGUUAAUUUAAUACUUUACAGAGUUAUGUACAAGAAAUUGAUGUUUUUGUUGAAGUUGUAUGUUUUAUAUUGGUGUGUUUUUAUUUACAUUCCAUAACACAGCUAGAUUUAUAAGUCUUAUGCUUUAAUUCAUCAUUCUGUAGAAGUUGUGAUCAAUCAAUCGCCUCAAAAGCUUUUAUGAGACAAAUCCUAAUCAGGAAAAAGCCUUAUAUGGCAAAGUUUAAACCGUUUUCUAAUAAAAAAAAAAGAAAAAAAUCAGUUGUUAAGAUCACAAUGCUGAAUCAAAAACAUUUUUUUUUAUUUUUUUUUUUAAUAAAGAUUAGUUUCUCAGGAAAUGUCAAAAACUUACUGAUUCCUUACUAAUAAUGUAACUAUUAAUCCUAAAUCGCUGUUACUGACUUCCAGACAAUCCAACACAAGAUGUCUUUACUACUAAGCGAAGUAGUUUUUAUAUUUGAACUCAUUAUCAAAUGCAUGGUUCACUGAAAUGCUGGAGCUGUUAAAACAAGACAGUGGGCUUCAUUAAAAAGUUAAUCUGAUUUGUGAAAUGGGCCCAAUGUUUGUUUGUGUGUUUUUUUUAAUAUAUAUUAAAUCGCUUAUGCUCAGAAUGGAUGGCAUUUUUAAUUGAUUACAAAGGUAACACCUGUGUGUUUAACUGAAUAAUAAAAUUAGUUUUAUGGAAUGAA